AGCUGCCACAUCGUUAAUAACGCAUCUUACCAAUGAAGUAUCGAAUAACCACCUAAAUAACGACACAAACGUACUAAUACUACACAACUCUGAUGAGAAUAAAAAUUAAAUAGAGCUUGCCACAAAAAAUGUAAAAAAGAGUGCUUAACUAGCACACAGAUCCUCUAUAUACAUCGCAAAUAAACGGCAACAAGCUAUUGCAUCAUAGCCAAAUAGAAAACUACCAGCUGCAAGUGCCAUCGAUUUGCAACAAUUAUUAUAAAGUAGAAAAAAUGACUGCCCCGCGACGUCUGCGCAAGGAACUCGUAGACUUGCAGGAAAGUAGUUUAAAAUCGUUUCGUGACAUCAAGGCCGACGAUGAUAAUCUUCUGCGCUGGACGGGCCUGAUUGUGCCGGAUAAUCCGCCCUACAACAAGGGCGCCUUUCGCAUCGAAAUCAAUUUCCCGGCCGAAUAUCCCUUCAAGCCACCAAAGAUUAGUUUCAAAACAAAAAUCUACCAUCCGAACAUCGAUGAAAAAGGUCAGGUCUGUUUGCCCAUCAUUAGCACCGAAAACUGGAAGCCAGCCACACGCACCGACCAAGUGGUGCAGGCGCUAAUAGCCCUCAUCAAUGAUCCCGAACCCGAACAUCCGCUGCGCGCCGAACUGGCCGAAGAAUUUCUCAAGGACAAAAAGAAGUUUGUGAAAAAUGCUGAGGAUUAUACCAGGAAACACAGCGAAAAGCGUCCGGCUGAUUAGUUCAAUUAAGGCGAGGCGAGGCGCCGGCGCCGCUUUUAUAAAAAA